ACAUACCUACUUACUUACAUACACCCACACGCAACAUACCCUGCUAUCUCGACCGUACAUCCUGGUCCCGUCCGUCACUGCCACCUGAUGGCCUAGACCUUCGGGUACGCCAGGCGUCUUCUGCUGCUUCACCUAUCACCGUCGUCCCGGCUUCUACCUCACGGCUGGCUUGUCCUUCGAGUGUCUUUUUGUUGAUCGCCUUCAACUCUCAAAUGACUUGCUCGCAACUCUGCUGGCACAUCCCUUAUCUUCGCCACCCCUCCUCACCCUUGCCGCCGUCCGAUUUAGUCACUCGUCAUGGAUACCACGUUUUCAGAUGACGAGAAGCGGUUCGUCCUGGGCGAGAUUAUCAAAGUCAGCACGAUAGAUAUUUCUACCCUGGUCGACUUCAUCAAGGCUCAUCAAGUCGAGCCGAACUGGAUGUCGAUGCAGCUUCCCGGCGGCCGCAAUAUGAAUCAAUGCUUUGGUGCCGUCGAAAACAUGUUCCAGACUAAAUACGCCCCUCCGACCUUGUCGGGCUUCAAGCGCAAGUCCCUAAGCGAUCCGGUCGACCACCCCGUGAAGAGACAGGCGAUGAUGGCCCCCCUCGAACCUUCUAUACCGCCGGCGCGCAAUAUCCAGCCGCGCCCUCCGAACGGCUUCCCAUCUGCGGUGACUGUUAGUGGUGGGCCGGCACCGACGACGACGGGAAAGAAACGCGGCCGACCCUCCAAAGCGGACAAGGAAGCCCAGGCUCGCGCGGUUUACUCACGGUCGACAGAAUAUGCUCCGAUCACGCCGGCUCCUCUGGCUCCCAUUGCGCUCCAACCCCAACGCGAGUAUGCGUCCUCUCCCGGAUACGAGAUUUCGAGCAAUCCAGCCGACCAGAAGUCCAAGAAGCGCGGGGUCCUCGGCGCCGUCGACAGCCCCCAGCAAGCAAGCAGCUCGUUCCCCUUAACCUCUCCAGCAUCUGCCACGGACACGCCACGCGCUCUUCCGGAGCCCCUUGACCAAGUAGAGAGGGCAACUCUUUCCCCCCGUGAUCGAGCCUCGGUUUCGUUGGACUCGCGAUCUCCUCCGCUCCACCCGCAUUUACCACAACAAGAUCAGUUGCAAGGGCUCUUGCACGUACAACCUCGAAACCAGCCUCUGCCGUAUCCAUCAUCGCCACGAACUAUACAGCCGUAUGAACCCCAUCGAGGUCUCGAUCCCAUUUUCCCGAACAGAGACAGGUCGAGGAACGCGAACAUUCCGGAUCAGCUAAAAGACGCCCCUCCUCUACCUCCUGUAACUACGGUAGCGAAUCGGAGUUGAAAGAGCGCGGGUUUUUUUUAUUAGAUUGGUCAGUCUAGUCAAUACGUGAUACCAGAUACCUAUCCAUUCCUAUUUUUCUUCGGUGCUUAUAGACAGGCGA